GAAUAUUUCGUGUAACGUGUAACGUAACGUAACGUUCCGCCUCUGCUUCGCUUCAUCGCUUUCCGCUACUUUCAGCUACUUUACUGCUUUUGCUUUACGACCAAAGUGAACUGAAGUGAACUGAUUUACUGGUUAUGGAAGAUCAAAGGGUUAGGAUUUCCUACGAUGGUUUACAGUUAAAUGGUUUCUAAUACAAAAAGUUGUCGAAGCGUAAUUGUCAUAGCGUAUAUGACAUUAUAAAAAUAACGACCAAUUGACAGGAUAUAUUCGAUAUUUGGAAAAUGAGUCGCAGAAGAGUUCACGAAGAAGAAGAUGGAUACGAACGUACGUACAAGAAACGCAGGAGAGUGUCAGAGAACCAAGAAAUCGAAGAUCGGCUGGAAUCUCUUAUUUUACGAGUGGGAGAAAAAUCGACAUCUUCAUUGGAGAGCAAUCUCGAAGGUCUGGCUUCUGUAUUGGAAGCCGAUCUUGGUUUGUUCCGCAGUAAAAUACUUAGGAUUUUGACUGACUGUGCUAUUAAAAUGCCAGAGAAAUGCACAAUUUAUACUACGCUUGUUGGAUUAUUGAAUGCAAAGAAUUUUAAUUUUGGCGGAGAAUUUGUUGAUUAUAUGGUGAAGAAUUUUAAAGAUUCAUUAAAAGCUUGUAAAUGGGACGUCGCCAGAUACUCGUUAAGAUUUCUCGCCGAUUUAGUAAAUUGUCAUGUUCUAUCUUGUGGAUCCUUGAUGCAGCUAUUCGACAAUAUGUUAGAUGCUGCUAACGAAGACGGUGUGCCUCAAGUAAGACGCGAUUGGUACGUAUACGCUGUAUUAUCGACACUGCCAUGGGUUGGAAGAGAACUGUAUGAAAAGAAAGAGCAAGAGUUGGAUCACUUAAUGGUAACGAUAGAGAUAUUUUUAAAUAAACGAAGCAAAAAGCAUCAACCAGCCUUGAGAAUUUGGUCGAGCGACACGCCUCAUCCUCAGGAAGAGUACUUGGAUUGUUUGUGGGCUCAAGUGCGAAAGCUCAGACAAGACAACUGGGCAGAGAAACAUAUUCCCAGGCCGUAUCUCGCGUUCGAUUCGAUACUUUGCGAAGCAUUGCAACACAAUCUGCCUACUAUAAUGGCACCGCCGCAUCACGAAUCUUAUUCUUAUCCAUUGCCCACGGUAGUUUUUCGUAUGUUCGAUUACACGGAUUGUCCAGCCGAAGGACCAUUAUUACCUGGUAGUCACGCUAUCGAACGUUUUCUUAUAGAAGAACAUUUAAGACAGAUAAUCAAUAAUUAUUUUUACGAAAGAAAAGAUUGUGCAGCUCAAUUAUUAAACUUUCCGUAUAAAGCGAAAAUACCUUUAGAUUAUUGUAUCGUGGAAGUGAUAUUUGGCGAAUUGUUUCAACUGCCGGCGCCUAAGCAUUUAGAAAUAUGCUACGGGUCAAUUUUGAUCGAACUUUGUAAGCUACAACCAUCGACGGUGCCACAGGUUUUAGCGCAAGCGACAGAGAUUUUAUUCCGUCGCAUAGAUAGCAUGGCUGCUGCUGCCUUCGAUCGUUUCGUAUGGUGGUUCGCAUACCAUUUAAGUAAUUUCCAAUUUCGUUGGUCUUGGGAAGAUUGGGAUUCUUGCUUGCAACGCGAUCCAGAACAUCCACGUCCAAAAUUCAUUCGAGAAGUACUUCUUAAAGCUUUGCGAUUGUCAUAUUAUCAAAGAAUACGAGACAUGAUGCCAGAAUCGUAUGUUGAUUUGAUUCCACCACCUCCAGAGCCUAUUUAUAAGUAUACUUCCGAAGGAGCUAGCUCGCUUCCUGGUACAGCGGCAGCUCACGAAUUAGUCGUCUCCAUUAGACGAAAAUGUACUCUAGAAGAUGUACUCAACGUAUUAAACACGCUGCCAGGUCCCAGAGAAAACGAAGAAACCAACAAUUUCAAUCCCUUGAAAAUCGACGUUUUUGUACAAACUUUAUUGAACCUAGGUUCUAAAAGCUUUAGUCAUAGCUUCGCGGCGAUAGGAAAAUUUCACAGUGUUUUUAAGGCUCUCGCAGAAACGGAGGAGGCACAGAUAUGUAUUUUAAGGAAUAUGUACGCACUGUGGAAGAAUCAUUAUCAAAUGAUCGUAGUUUUAACAGACAAACUCUUAAAGACUGGUAUCAUCGAAUGCAGCGCCAUUGCCAAUUGGAUAUUUUCGAAGGAGAUGGCGUCAGAAUUUACCAAGUUAUAUAUUUGGGAGAUACUUCAUUUGACGAUACGAAAAAAGAAUAAACACGUGACCAAGUUGAGCACGGAACUGACGGAAGCUCGAGAGAAGUUGAGGAGAGCGGAAAGUAGAUCAGGAUCGUCAUCGGAGGACGAAGAUAAUAACAAAGACAGAAAUAAAGAGAAACCAUCGGAAGACGUUGUAGAACGAAUGGAGGAGAAACUAGAAGCAGCUCAAGCAGAUCAGAAAAAUCUGUUUCUAAUCAUUUUUCAGCGUUUUAUAAUGAUUUUGUCUGAACAUCUAGUGCGUUGCGAUACCGAUGGUAUAGAUUAUAAUACUCACUGGUACAAGUGGACAAUAGGAAGAUUGCAGCAAGUAUUCCUAACUCACCACGAACAAGUUCAAAAGUAUUCGUCGACUCUAGAAACGUUACUGUUUACGCCAGAUCUAGAUCCUCAUAUUUUGGAUGUUUUCCAUCAAUUUGUUUCUCUACGAGCGUGAACCAUCUGUUUUUGUACGGUAACCAUUUUACUUUAUCGAAUGUAAGUUAGCGCUGGUAUGAAUACAAGAAUUUCUGAAUGUAAAAUUAUGUUUCAUAACCCGACGCGAUAUGUUACCGAAUUAAAAAGGAAAACAAAAAAAAAACAAUUUCAUAUUGACAUUAUAUUUUGAAAUUGAACGUAAACAAUUGUUUCGUAAUCAUGUGACGUAUUACAUAAUAUUAUGUGUUUACGGUUUUGUAUUGACGUUUAUUUCAUUUCGAUGUAAAUAUCGAUAUAUUUAUCGCACCGUCAUUUACGUAAAUUUGUUUUCGACAAAUGAUUUGUAGACGUUUCUUAAACGAGACUACGAUUUUCGUAGUAUAAACAGUAAAAUAUAAUGUAAAUAAAAGUUUGAAGAAGAAAA